CUUUCCAAACUCCAGAAACCAACCAGGGCAAGGAAAGCGGAACUGUACCGGGCUGGAGGACCCGUACCCGGUAGCCCAAACCCCGCUUCCCUUAUCCUGAAAACAACUCUCUCCUAAAACCCCCGAGCAGCCGACACACCAGCACACAGCACGAGCGAAGAGACGCGGCCAUGGCGGUGGCUCCGCCGCCCGCCUGCCCGCUCCUCCGGGUCGCCGCCGCUGCGCCCAUUUCCGCCGCCUUCACCUCCGUUUCCAACCCGCGGGCCCCCGGUUUCCUGCCUUCCCCGCGUUCCGCUUCCGUUCGCCGCCACCUCACCACGGCAUGGUCCCCAAAGGCCGCGGCCUCGGCGUCUGUCGAAAUCCAGGAUGAGUACGUGGAUGAGAUGGACGCGGUGAACAUUGCGCAGGACGUCACCCAGCUAAUUGGGAAAACACCAAUGGUGUAUCUCAAUAAUGUUGUUGACCGUUGUGUUGCUAAUAUCGCUGCAAAGCUCGAGUACAUGGGGCCUUGCCGAAGCGUCAAAGAUAGGAUUGGGUUAAGCAUGAUUAAUGAUGCUGAAGAGAAGGGAUUAAUUUCUCCAAAUAAGACCAUCUUGGUAGAACCAACCACUGGCAAUACUGGUAUAGCCAUUGCUUCUGUGGCUGCAGCUAGAGGAUACAAGCUGAUAGCUACUAUGUCUUCAUCAAUAGACGUCGAGAGACGCAUUCUUCUACGUGCAUUUGGAGCGGAGAUUGUGCUAUCUGAUCCUACCAAAGGACUAAAAGGAGCUUUUGAUAAAGCAAAGGAAAUAGUUUUGAGGACACCAAAUGCAUAUAUGUUUCAGCAGUUCAACAACGAGGCAAAUAGUGAGAUCCACUUUCAAACCACAGGCCCAGAAAUAUGGGAAGACACACUGGGUACUGUUGACAUACUUGUUGCAAGCAUAGGGACAGGUGGUACCAUUACUGGCACAGGGCGCUACUUGAAAAGGAUGAACAAGGAUAUUAAGGUCAUUGGGGUAGAGCCAGCUGAAAAUAGUGUGAUCUCUGAUGACAACCCAGGUUACAUUCCAAGUAUAUUAGAUGUUCAGUUGAUUGAUGAGGUUGUGAAGGUUAGCACCGCAGAAGCCGUCGAAUCUGCUAGGGAACUUGCACUAAAAGAGGGCUUGCUGGUUGGUAUUUCUUCAGGCGCAGCAGCAGUUGCUGCUAUUAAUGUUGCCAGAAGACCUGAAAAUGCUGGAAAGCUGAUUGCGGUCAUUUUCCCCAGCUUCGGAGAGAGAUAUAUCUCCAGCAUCCUAUUCGGCCCAAUAUAUGACUCAGUUCGAAGAAUGAGGAAGAAAUAGCCAGCCUUUUACAACUUAAAUAGAGUGACGCUUCCCUCCUCUAAACCUGACAGGCUUUCCACGGCGUGACAAACAUGAAAGAGUGAAGACCCUGAUAGAUUGCAACAAGCAGGGUACAAAGGUUUGAACCGGGAGAACGCCAAUCAUAGGGCCUUGAAGCUGCAUAGAGUUUCUGUCAAUUGAGCUGCUGGCCGCAGCUUGGUUCAGGACAGACUGCCUCACACGUUUAGAACCUGCCGCUACAAGCCUACAACCUUGUUGAAACAUGCAGAAUGGGGUGCUGCAGUUAGCUAGGACUGGGGACAAACCAGACUUGUAAUCUGAUAGACUGACACGCACUUGAGCUGAUCCUAGUAAGCAAUUGUCCGCACAUUCUUUUUCCUUCUGAAGUUUGAUUAUUUCAUUUCUUAUUGGGCCUCUGGAUUUCUAGUUUCUAGUUCUUGCGAAGCCCCAAGAUUGUCAUUUUUUGUUCUGCAAACGAUCAGAGCUCGAGUUUGCAAAGACUAGUGAGUUAUUCGCAGAGCUCAGGCUAAACGGAGCGUUCAUAGGCGGGCCCAGUAGCAGGGACCAACUCGGCCUCUCUCUUUUUGUGUGUUCCUGAUUCCUCUAGUCCGUCGGGGAAUCCUGAACUCACACGUCCAGGAGAGGGGAAGCGGUGGCGGCGCCUGUGCAACGGCGUAGCUCUUCUCUGUCCCGCCGCGCUCUCCUAGCCGCCUUGCCGUCGCAGUAUUUGCGCUCCAGCGCUCCCCACCCAGCCCAAGGGGGUGGAGGGCAUGUCGGCGUCGGAUCUUCCUGACGAGCUUUGGGCGCGCGUCCUGGAGCUGGGCGCCGCGUCGUCCGCGCUGGGGUUCCGCGACCUCUGCUGCCUCGCCAUCGCCUCCCGCCGCCUCGGACGCCUCUCGCUUCACCCCGCCCUCUGGUCGGCGCUCCUCUCUCGCGACUUUCCCUGGCAAUCCCAACCCUCCUCGUCCUCCACCUCCACCUCCCAGCAGCAGCAGCAGCUUCACCCCAAAUCCCUCUACAAAACCAAGUUCGAGAGGCACAAGGUGCGGAUCGCGGAGGCCAGGCGGCGGGCUGUGUGCGAGGCGGAGGCGCGGGUGCUUGCGUCAAAGAGGCGGCUGGCGGAGCUGGAGGAGUCGAUGCGGGCAGAGGGUGAGAGGAUGAAAGCCGCCGCGCAGGAGCUGGACAACCUUGAGAGGGUCAGGUCGGUUCGUUAGAUUUCGUGCCAUACAUUUUCUUACCCCAUUUUUUUUCCAUUCUAUCAUUUCUCUCCGGCUCACCACUACAAUUUUGGUGUGAUUAGAAAACACACAUCAAUCGUCGAACCUAGAUCAAUCAGAGGAGCUAAAGAGCAUCGAACCAAUAGAGUAUGAGGUGCUAAUUUGCUCACAGAUAACCAGCUAUUUAAGCAGAUCGGUAAUUUAGUUAUCAGUGCACAAGCAGAAAAUAUUGAUAGAGGUGCUUGUUUGCACAAGAGACAGGCCAAGGUUCUCUUGGACCACAUAAAUGGCUGGUUAUAUCAUGUCAUUAUUGAUUCUAUUUGUUCUAUACUUCUAUCCUUACAAUUUGGAAGCCUCCUGUUCUCCAUGUACCAUGUCUUGCAGCAGUGUUCAGCAGCUGCGUUUUGUUAAGCUGUAUGAUCUGUUCUGCAUGAGAUUGUUCACUUGGCUCACAUCUUCAACAAAGAAUAGCUGCCCUCCCAUUUGUGGUGCAUUACGUUAGAAUUCGGUUAUCUCAUAUGUUUGAUCCAUGGUCAAUUGUCCUAUCCACCAAACAGAAGAUUUUCUUGGAGUAUGGCAACACUAUUUAUCCUGUUACAGGGAAGCAUUCAAAUGAUGCACAAUAAAAAUCAUAGCUUGUAUUCAGCAUUCAGAUUGUUACUGGUGCACAUCAGCAAGAAAGCAAUUUGGUCCAAAUGGCACACUGGUUAGAAAAAGCAAGCUGUGUCUAAAAUUAGUGUAUAGAUUAUCUUCAGUCCAGCACAGUUUAAUUGGAAACUUAUGGUUACAACCCAAUCCUCUCCACCACCUCUUGAGUGUAUUGAGCCCCUUUCUUGUUUCUCGUUCCUUUUGAAGAUUGGCUAGAAGUUCUGCUAUUCUCUGGAGAUAGGAGGGGCCCACCUUAGCCAACCGGUAUUCAAUCUGAGGAUGAUAUCAUGCAACGGCAUCUCUAUCAUCUGGCCACACGAUGGAUCCUGUGUAGCACAUUGCUUCUUGCCUAAUGCUACAGUUCUGCCUUAUAUGAACAAAAGCAUUCCUGUAAACAUGUAAUCAGGACCAGAACAAUAUUAGUAAUAUUUUGCUUGUUAGAUGGUUUUUCCAUUCCACAGUUGAUGAUUAGCUCUUCUGUCAUCAGCGCACCAUCUGGUCUAUGUUCAGGCAUCCGUGGCUUGGAGUGCUGGGACAGAUUUGUAACUGGCUUCUGGUUUCCAUUACUUCAUGGAUGUGUAUUUCUUUACCAUCAGUAUAUUCUGAUUGGACAAUUUCUUGCUGUCUGAUAUGUUUACAGGAGAGCUUCUGUGGCAUUAAAUGUAUGGCAACCACAAGUUGUUCGUGGUCGCCAGAAGCAGUUGGUUCAGCAAUGCACGGUUUCUGUCAAUUCUCGUGUUAGUGAUCUUAACAUGGAGCUGAAAGUUUGUAAGCAACAAAUAGCAACUUAUAAGAACAGUUAUAACAAGGAGAAGCACAAGCUGAAUGAGUAUGAGGAAGCAUUGAAAAGAGCAAAAUAUCAUCCGCUGCAGGAUAGCCAUACAAGCGGAGUUAUCAAUGAGCCACGUGCAAAGAGGAAGAAACUGAAGUAAACCUACUGUUUGCCUUCAAGUCCUCCAUUGUCUCAAGAUAGCAACACCUGCACGACACCAAGGGGCAAGGGCUAAUGCAUUGUGCAUCCAUCCAGGGGGAAGGUGCUGAUUUCUCGCAGAUUGGACAGCACAUCAAGGCUUCUACUUCAUGCGCUCAGUUUCCUGCCCAUGUGCAAUCGUGGAUGCUGUAGGCUAUGGCCGUGGCUUUCUUCCUUGCCGCUUUGCCUGGCACGAAGAUGCUACAUGACAGGAAGCACCUCUGGUGUUUCCAUAUCGCUGAAAGAAUCUCGUUCGCGCAUGUUGCUCACCGUCCGCCGGCUAGAUGAUUCUGUGGCAGAAAGGGGCCGACUAUUCUAUCCCAGAAUAGUCUGCCGUUGAUGCUUAUCCCUUCACAAAGCUGUGGGCUGAAGCUUUGCCAGAUUUGACUUUGAAAACUGUAACCUGUACGCAAGUAAUGCAUCUUGUAUGUUAUAUACCAUUCGUACACAUUUUUUCUAUUUUCCAUUCCAUGAAAAUCCAAAAGAAACCUAUCAGUAUCGCUUUAUAUGCUCUCGGGCGUAUUAGAAAAGUGACCGAAUUAUUUGUUCG